UGUGACCCCCCCUGCAGCCACAGCGACGUCCGCAGCCUUCCGUCUCCAGCCGGCGAGCUGCUGGAGGGUUACGGUCGGAGUCAGCGCCCCCUGCUGGCUCAGCAGCUUCCUGCCAGUUUCUCUGAUCAGGACGGCCUGCUGCCGAACGGUCGCAGCGUCUCUCUGGUGGACCUCCAGGACUCUCAGAGCCUUCAUGGUCCAGUGGGGCCCCCGACGCCCCACGAAGCCCCGCCUCGCCUCAGCAGGGUGGGCUCGCAGGCGUCUAUCGGGCACGGCCCCUCCCCUUUGACUUACCCCCACUCCAACCCGGUGACGCCCCAGCCGGCGCCGCACCAGUCCAAAGCCCCGCCCAGAGACGGUCAGCCGCAGAGUGCGCCGCAGGCGAGGCGGCCCCUGCCCCCCUCGGUCAGAGAGCAGCGUCUGCUGCAGGCGCUGUCCUUCCAGAACCCCGUGUACCAGCUGAGCAACCCGGCCCACAGCCUGUCCACCCGCUCCGCCCAGUCGCUGAGGCACGACUCCAGCUCCGAGAACCUGAGCACGGAGAGCUCGCACAACAGCCACAGCAACUCGGACGACUUCGGCAGCCAGGUGGGGGGCAAAGGUCACCUGGCGUCCAACAGCAGUCUGGACGAGGUGGGCAGCAGGCGGAGCACGCAGAGCGAGGACUGCCCCACGCCGCGCCGCCAUCCGCCGCAAGACCUGCCGCUGGCUGCAGCCACGGCGGUGGCCAUCCCCCGCCAGAGCACCACCGCGGGCACCGCCCACAUCAUCAAGGUGGAGCAGCAGAGCAGAGGAGGGGGCGGGGCCAGGACGCCUCGCUCUCAGCCGCAGAGCGCCUCGCUACGGAGCAGCAGCAGCGCCAACACUGAGCCCACACCCUCCACCCGCCAGCCGUCCACAGGCGCCAUGGAGACCGUGGCUCCGCCCUCUAGGGCCGCAGCUAAACAGCCACAGGUGGGAACGCCAGUGGAGGCGGUGGCCAUGUCCCCGGUGGAGAGGACCGCGGCGUGGGUCCUGAACAACGGCCAGUACGAGGAGGAGGAGGCGGGAGGAGAACCCAGCAGAGAGGAGGGCCGGAACACGGAGAAGUACGAGCUGGAGAUCUCCCGCCUGAAGGAGCGGCUGCGGGCGUCCGGGCGGCGGCUGGAGGAGUACGAGCGGCGGCUGCUGGCUCAGGAGCAGCAGAUGCAGAAGCUCCUGAUGGAGUACAAGAACCGGCUGGAGGACAGCGAGGAGCGGCUGAGGAGGCAGCAGGAGGAGAAGGACGGCCAGAUGAAGAGCAUCAUCUGCAGGCUGAUGGCGGUGGAGGAGGAGCUGAAGAGGGACCACGCAGAGAUGCAGGCGGUGAUCGAAGCCAAGCAGAAAAUAAUCGACGCCCAGGUCAGUAACGGAUGUGAAUUAAACCAAUCAGGCAAGUACCUGUAGCCCCGCCCCCUCCAC